AUGAGAAUAUCCGCAUCCACCCUGGGCCUUCUCGGCCUGGGUUACCUCGCAUCAGCCUCGAAUCUACAGCCUCGGGACUACAACGCGCAGGACUACUAUGUCCUCCACCUCGAUCCUACGAUCCGUCCAACAGAGAUAGCUGUCAAAUUGGGCUUAACGCAUGAAGGCCAACUGGGACAACUGGAGGACCAUCAUAUCUUUUCUAGCCACAAGCAGGACGAGGACGUGGUACGCACAGCUUUGGAGUUACGGCGGAAGAAGCGGUCCAUGGGCCAGCCCGAUAUCCUAGAUGGAGUGCGGUUGUCACAGAAGCAGAAGACGAAGCCGCGGAUGGAGAAACGAGGGAUAAUACCCCCUCGGCCGGCCGGAUACCCUGCGCCCUUUUCAGGGCGUCAUGAACCCCCCGUGGAUGCAGCAGUGGCGAAGCAGCAAGAAGUCAUGAAGGCGUUAGAUAUCCAGGAUCCCAUCUUCCACGAGCAGUGGCAUCUUUACAACCCGGUCCAGCUCGGGCAUGAUGUCAACGUGACGGAUGUGUGGUUGCAAGGCAUUACUGGCCAUAAUGCAACAGUGGCGAUCGUGGACGAUGGGUUGGAUAUGUACAGUGACGAUCUGAAAGAUAACUACUUUGCUGAAGGAUCCUACGAUUUCAACGACAACACCGUCGAACCCAAGCCACGACUAUCAGACGACAGACAUGGGACACGCUGUGCAGGAGAGGUCUCGGCAGUCAAGAACAACGUCUGCGGAGUUGGAGUUGCAUGGGACUCGAAGGUUGCUGGAAUCAGAAUUCUUUCGAAGCUGAUUACUGAUGCCGACGAGGCAGUGGCAAUGAACUACGCGUUCCAAAAGAACCAUAUCUACUCUUGUUCUUGGGGACCCCCGGACGAUGGAAGAUCUAUGGAUGCGCCCGGGAUACUCAUCAAGAGAGCGAUGCUUAAUGCGGUUCAAAAGGGCCGGGGAGGCCUCGGAUCCAUCUACGUUUUUGCCUCGGGAAAUGGCGCCGCGAAUGAGGACAACUGCAACUUUGACGGAUAUACCAACAGUAUCUACAGUAUAACUAUUGGAGCUGUCGAUCGAAAGGGGAACCACCCAUACUACUCUGAAAAGUGCUCAGCUCAGUUGGUUGUAACAUACAGCAGUGGAAGUGGAGACGCUAUUCACGGAACUGAUGUCGGGGCGAACCAAUGCUACAAUGGUCACGGUGGUACUUCCGCUGCUGCUCCCCUCGCAGCCGGCAUAUUUGCCCUCGUGUUGCAAAUUCGUCCAGAUCUGACAUGGAGAGAUUUACAAUGGCUGGUCAUGAUGACUGCCCUGCCCUUCAACUUGGAACAUCAAGGGUGGCAAAAUACGACCAUCGGGCGAAAAUUCAGUCAUACUUUUGGGUAUGGGAAGAUAGAUUCCUGGGCAACUAUUGAGGCCGCCAAGACAUGGAAGAACGUUAAGCCACAAGCUUGGUUUUACUCGCCUUGGAUCCAUGUCAAUCAGGAUAUACCGCAAGGAGAUGAGGGGUUGGCUGUAUCGUUUGAAGUUACACCGCAGAUGCUCCAGGAUGCAAAUCUCGAGCGUGUUGAGCAUGUCACGGUUACCAUGAAUGUCAAUCACACUAGAAGAGGUGAUCUUAGUGUCGACCUUGUUAGUCCUGAUACCAUCACCAGUCAUCUUUCAGCCACGCGUCGUUUGGAUUCUGCAGCGGAAGGCUAUAAUGAUUGGACUUUCAUGUCCGUGGUUCACUGGGGGGAGUCUGGUGUUGGAAAGUGGACCAUUAUUCUUAAGGAUACCAUCGUAAACGAGCACAGCGGGAAAUUCAUCGACUGGCACCUCAAGCUCUGGGGUGAGUGUAUUGACGCCUCCAAGGCAGCCCAUCUACCAAUGCCGAACGACGAGGAUGACGACGACCAUGCCGAAGUAAUCGCCACCACCACCAUCGCCGGCACGACCACCACCAUACCGCCCGUCUCCAUCCCCACCACCCCUCUCGUGCCAAACCCAUCCGACCACCCCGACCGCCCCACCAAACCCACCAGCAGUGCCGGCGAAACGACCCCUACAUCGUCGCCCACGCCUUCCGCAUCGGUUACUCCUCCGUCCGGCUGGCUUCCACCAUUCUUCCCCACUUUCGGCGUCUCCUCCAAGACCCAAGUCUGGAUUUACGGUGCAGCAGCACUCAUCGUUCUGUUCUGCUCUGGCCUCGGUAUCUACAUGUAUAUGGCGCGCCGCCAGCGUCUACGUAACAAUCCCCGCGACGAGUGGGAAUUCGACCUCCUGGAAGAAGAUGAAGCGGACGGCCUCAGCGGCGCUGGCAAGAUGGGCAAGAAAGGCGGGAAGAGACGAGCAGGCGAGCUCUACGAUGCGUUCGCGGCGGGCAGCGAGGACGAGAGUGAGGGCGAGUAUGCGGAUGGCGUGGAAGGUGGGGAUGAGCGGGAGAAGAAGCUGUACGAGGAGAGCGAUGACGAGGGGAGACACGUUAUUGGAUCUGACGAUGAGGAUGAUGAGGAUGAGAGCAGUAACGAGAAAUCCUGA